CCAAUAAAAAGGACUACAUAUUUUUGAAUUUUUUCUACUCAACAUUGAAAUUACAGAAAACUCCAAUUCUUCACUUCUCUCCGGUGAACUCCUUGCUGCUUUUUCUAUUUCCACCUCUCUGCUCUGUAGGUUCCUUUAUCUCUCUUCAUUCAUUUACAAUUUUUUUUCUUUCGAAAAGAGAAUCACUACAUUAUUUCACCGAAAUUGGGUUCUUACCUUAAUUAAACCAUACCGUUAUAACUUAUUUGGCCAAAAUUUUGAAAAGUAUUUUUUCAAAAGUGCCUUUCAAAAAAAAAUUUUUUAGCUGGUUGGCCAAUUAAUUUAAAAAACCUUUAACUUAUUUAGCCAAGCAUUAAAAAAGUGGUGUAUUUUUUCAGGCAAAAGUUAUUUUUUUAUCUUCUGAAAAACAGCUCCAGAAAUACUUAUUUUCUCCCAAAACUUAACCAAACAUUUUUUUUUUUUUAAAUAAGCACUUAUUAGCAUUUUCUGAAAAAAAUAAGCUUGGUCAAACAAGCUAUGUAAGAACCCAAUUUCAGUGAUUUUGCCGAAAAGUCAAUGAACGUAGAGUUCAACUGACAAGUCUCUCUAUGCUUUAUGCUUCCUGCAGACCUUCAAUUUGUUAGAGUCAUCAUUUGAAGCUUAUUGGUUCUGGAUUCUAAUUUUUUUAAGUUACUAAGUUCUAUCUUUAGAUAUUCAAUAAAUAUUUAAGGCAAAUACCGAGUUUGAACUAUACCCCACAAAGGUAGGGGUAAAGUCUGCAUACAUUCUACCCUCUCCACGCCUCAUUUGUCGGAUUACACUAGGUAUGUGAUUGUACACAGUUUGAACUAAACAACCAUUAUACCCCACAAAGGUAGGGGCAACCAUUAUACCCCACAAAGGUAGGGGCAAGGUCUGUAUAUAUCCUAUCCUUCUCACACCCCACUUGUCGGAUUACACUGAGUAUGUUGUUAUACAAAGUUUGAACUAAAGCUACUGGGAUCGGCCGAAAUUGUAGAUGACACUCUCCCUCUGACCUUGUGGAAAAUUGGUUGAAUUAUCUUAAGCCCUAUGAGUUGGUACAAUUGGGAGUGUUAAAGUUGAUUCCUGGGGAUAAUCCAGUAUUUCGGUGAAUAAAGAAAGUAAUCCAUACGAUUAUGAAAGUCAUUAUGCAUUUACUAAAGAAUUAUUAGUGGAAUUCUUUUUUUUUUUUAGCAUGAAGAAUGAAGUACUUUCUACCGUUAUCCGAAAAACACAAAAUUCAACAGUUGCUGAUUACCAAGUCUUGGCAAAUGCUCUCAAAUGUUGUGCUUGGAUAUCGGAUAGAGUAUUAGGGAAAGCUCUACAUAGUUCUGUGAUUAAGUUAGGCCAUCAUUCUUGUCAAUUUGUUAUAAAAUCCUUGCUUAACAUGUAUGCUAAAUGUAAAGAUCUUGAUGAAUGUCAAAAACUAUUCAGUCGCAUUAAAUACAGUGACACAGUGACGUGGAAUAUUGUGUUGUCCGGCUUUGCUGGAUCGCGAAUGCAUGAAAAAGAGAUGACAACACUGUUUAAUUCAAUGCAAAGAGCAGAUUAUAUUAAGCCAAGUUCUGUUACUCUUGCUAUUGUUAUUCCUGUGCUUACUCGCUCUGGAGCUUUGGGUGCUGGCAAAAGUGUUCAUUGUUAUGCAGUAAAGCAUGGACUGGAUUGUGAAACACUGGUAGGAAAUGCUUUCAUAUCUAUGUAUGCAAAAUCUGGGAAUAUUUCAGAUGCGGCUGCUACUUUUCGUGGAAUUUCUAACAAGGAUGUUGUUUCAUGGAACGCAAUGAUUGCAGGUUUCAUAGAGAAUAAGCUUACAGACAGGGCGUUUGAAUUGUUCAGGUUGAUGUUGAAAGGUUCGAUUCUACCUAAUUAUGCAACUAUUGCAAAUAUUCUUCCUAUCUGUCCUAGUUUAGGAGGAAUAGAUGGUUAUCAAUUGGGAAGGCAGAUGCAUUGUUAUGUUUUGCGACGGGCUGAGUUGUUAUCGGAAGUCACCGUCAUCAAUGCUCUUUUGAGUUGCUACUUGAGAGCUGGAAAUUUCGAAGGAGCAGAGACUUUAUUCCGGAAUAUGAUGAGUAAAGAUCUGGUAUCCUGGAACUCAAUAAUUGCUGGAUAUGCAGCAAAUGGUGAAUGGUCAAAGACAUUGGAUUUUUUCCGUGAAUUCACUAAAGAAGAGAUGAAUGGACCGGACUCUGUUACUCUUAUUAGCAUUCUUCCUGAAUGUUCACGGCUCAAUGACGUGUUGAUCGGGAAGCAAAUCCAUGGGUAUGUAAUCCGUCAAAGUUCCCUCCAUCAGGAUAUCUCUGUGAUUAAUGCCCUUAUAAGCUUUUAUGCAAAAUGUGGAAACAUUGAAGAGGCACGUCGAAUAUUUUCAUUGACUUCUAAUAAAGACUUGAUAUCAUGGAACACUAUGCUUGAUGCCUUAGCAGAAAACCAACUUCAUCAAGAAUUUAUUAACUUGUUAAAGGGAAUGUUCCUAGAGGGGAUAAAAGCUGACUCGAUCACAUUAUUGGCUGUGGUGCGCUAUUUUGGUAACAUUUACAGAAUGGAUAAGGUCAAAGAAGCACAUGGUUUUUCAGUAAGAUCUGGUAUCUUGAAAAGUUAUACUGAACCUACUCUCGCUAAUGCCUUACUUGAUGCGUAUGCAAAGUGUUGCAAUUUGAACUAUGCUAACAGAAUAUUUGAGAAUUUAUCAGAAAGCAAGAAUGUAAUCACAUGCAACGCAAUGAUCUCGGGGUUUGUGAAUUAUGGUUUGCAUGAAGAUGCACAUGGCAUAUUCAAGAGGAUGACCGAGAAGGAUCUUACCACGUGGAAUCUGAUGGUAAAAGCUUAUGCUGAUAAUGAUUGUCCUGAUCAAGCAGUGAGUCUGUUUACCGAGUUACAGUAUCACAAAAUGAGGCCUGAUGCCAUGAGCAUUUUGAGCCUUCUUCCUGUUUGUGCUCAAAUGGCCUCAAGCAACUUGCUGAAGCAGUGCCAUGCAUAUGUGAUUAGAGCUUUUCUAGACGAUGUUUAUCUGAUUGGAGCUCUCAUAGAUGUUUAUUCAAAAUGUGCUACUCUAGGAUAUGCAUACAAGCUUUUCCAAUCAUCUCCUGUCAAAGAUCUUGUAAUGUUUACAGCAAUGGUUGGAGGGUAUGCUAUGCAUGGAAUGGGAGAAGAAGCACUUGGGAUAUUCUAUAAUAUGCUUGAGCUGGACUUUAAACCUGAUCAUGUUAUAAUCACUACAGUGCUAUCUGCUUGUAGUCAUGCUGGCCUUGUGGAUGAAGGGUUAAAGAUCUUUGAUUCGAUGGAAAAGACGCAUCAAAUCAAACCUAUCAUGGAACAUUAUGCAUGUGUGGUGGAUCUACUUGCACGCGGAGGCAGAAUCAAAGAUGCAUUUUCCUUUGUGACCAAUAUGCCCUUUCAAGCCGAUGCGGAUAUAUGGGGAACGCUUCUUGGUGCCUGCAAAAUCCAUCAGGAGGUUGAUAUGGGCCGUGCUGCGGCAGAUCGGUUGUUUCAAGUCAAUGCUAAUGAUAUCGGGAAUUAUGUAAUCAUCUCAAAUAUGUAUGCGGAAAAUGCUAGAUGGGAUGGGGUCUUAGAGAUAAGGAGGUCUAUGAAAAUGAGAGAUCUUAAGAAGCCAGUUGGUUGCAGUUGGAUUGAAGUGGAAAGGAAGAAAAGUGUAUUUGCUGCUGGUGACUAUUCUCACCCACAGCGAAGAACGAUAUAUGAAACAUUAAGAAUCUUGGAUGAACAAAUCAAAGAGCUAUAUGAGUAUGAGUUAUAGCCUCGUAAUAUUUUUCUCAGGAAAGUGAUCCAUCUUUGUCUUGCAGCUUUUGAUAUUUGUAUGGUAGAAUUUCUUUUCAUUGUCCAAUAUGCAUCCCUUAAUUUAGAGCUUUUCUCAAAGCUUUGGCCAGCUAUGUUAACAUUUUAUACUAAUGCAAACUGCAGAUCGGUUCAGUACACUGUUCUUUCCCAGAGAGGUCAAAGUGUGACAUUGGCAUGCAAGUGUCUUCUCACUGAACAUCAUAGUGCCAGCUCCAGUGCCCGUGGAAGAAGGCGAUUCGUUUGUAGCAGUUUGAGUGCGUGAUUUCGGGUUUCCUAAGUGUUGGAUAGGAUGACGUCGAGGUUGGGUUUUUUGAGAAUGUUGUGAAUUCAGUUUAUGUAUUUAGAUGAGAUGGUCACACACUUUAACAUGGCUCAGAGCAGGCAUAGAUCGUGGGUUCAAGUGUCAAUGUCACCAUUAUCAAAAGGAGAAUUUUCACGUGCUUGGCUCAUCAAGGAAAAUCAAGCCCGCACAUAAGGGGGCGUGUGAAGACAUAAUAAGGAUAUGUAUCUGACACAGGGAUGUCUAGUUUCUAACAAGAGUUGAGGCACGAUGCAAAUGUAUCCCAAGAUCCGUGCCUAUAAAUGAAAAAAAUCUCGAUGCAGAAAUUAUAUCCUGUAUAGUUUCUAGUAAAUGAGUCAAAUCUGCAAUCUGAUCUUUGGUUGGCUUAAGGCACGAUGCAAAUGUAUCCUGAUAGGUGCAUUGACGUGGAGCAACAUCUAAAUUAAUCUGUUCUCUCAAAGGUGCCUCCUGGUUUCAAGUCUCAUUUGAAGCAAUCUUCACUGAGUUUGGCAUAUGACAUGGUGAAGAACUUUCGAACAUUGAAGCCAAUGAUUUACAUGCUCUGCCUUACAAGUCCAUAAAGCUACUUGUGGAGUGGACAGAUCGAUCUGGCAUGAGAGCACAGGGACCACCUUUAGUUUUUCUUCUUGUUUUGUUUUAACCAUCUGAUGUCCACAACCCGGCCCGCCUAGUCUGUUAUUUUUGAGCUUCCUGCCAAAGAGGACUCCAUUCUUAGAACUCUGACCCCAAAAUCCUUUGUUUUGUUUGCUGGUGAUGGGAACUGCGGCUAUGCACUAGUCAAGAAUUACAUUAUCCAACAAUGAUAUAUUGAUAUGGUAUAAUUGGGUUACAUAGCUAGUGUGUGUAAGAUGAUUCAAGGUUUCUUUUGGUGGUAUAAUUGGACCACUACUAAUAUAGUCCUCUUGAUUUAAGACUAGGCAAA